AAGGUCAUGUUUUGUUUGACACCAAUUUGGGUCUGUUUACCUAUAGGGAUUGGUGUCAGCGGGUAGUUUAGCCAUUUAAGCAUGUAUUUUUUAAUAUAUAUAUAUAUUUGUGGGAUUGAGUUUUUUCAAUGUUUAGACAGUAUCUUUAUUUUUUAUAGGAAUCUAAGGGAGCUUGGUUAUAGGAACUGAAUGUUGUUUUGCUGUUUAUCAACCGGCGGAGUUUCCCGACGGACCUCCCCGCUUACCAACAUUAGCAUUGCCUCAACAACAAUCGAGCAGAAACAAUUUUUAUUUGCACUAUCACACUAAAGGCUGUGCAUCUGUUACGAGUGUCGUUACUUAAAUAUAGUCACCUUAAAUCUAUACGUUCCACUAUUGCUUUGUAUUGAUGUUGAAUUUCGCAGACGUUACGGAAUAUCCUUCUGCGGACUCGAGCCAAACGUUAGCUAACGUUAUAAACACAGCGUAACUGAACACUCAUUUUUAAUGGAAAAGUACACAAAAAAGAGAGAAAAGUACUGAUAAAUUAUAAAGUUACAUGAAUGAACUGCGUUAAAAAAAAUAGCUACAGUUCCAUCAGCUGGAUCCCCGCAGGCCUGAGUGAUGGCUGCUGCAAGACCUGCAGCUGGACCAAGUACCUCACAGACAGGUCCUGUAGAUCUUUACAGCGACCUGGAUCAAAACGAGGAGGUGAGCUGUGUCAUACAUUUAUCAUUGUAGAAAAAUGCACCAGGACAACAAUUGUAAUUCUAAACUUGAUGAGAUCUCGCUUAAGUGGAGUUGAAACACAGAUUUUAACCUGCCAACAUGUGAACUGAUCACAUCAUUUUAGUCUGUAGAGGAACCAUCUGAUUAUUCACACUAAGUCGAGCCACCCCCUGUUCCUUGGAAAUGGUAAAAGAAAUUGAUCAUGUGACCAAAUAUUUAGGAGAUGGGCAUCAAUUCAUGGAGUCUGUGAAGGUUAGAAGCACAUGGGUGAAGGGGUUAGACAUUUAUUUACAAAAAAAACCCUUUUCACUCUUGAAAGUGAAUUUAGUCUGUCAUAAGUUUCAUAAGAAUUGUGUUCAGACCAAAAAAGAUCAUUUUAAAUUUGUUUUAUACAUCAAUUGUGGUAUCUAUGAGCUACAACGUGAGGUAAAAAACCUAACAUAAAAGUCCACCAUUUUAGCUUAGAGGACUAAUAAAGUCAUAAUAGUACAAAACCUAAUUCCAUUGAUGUUGGGAAAUUGUGAUAAACGUAAAUAAAAACAGAUUACAAUGAUUUGCAAAAUACGACAAUGGAGACCCCGGACUGUUGAACAACUGAAGCUGUACAUCAAGCAAGAAUGGGAAAGAAUUCCACCUUCAAAGCUUCAACAAUUAGUCUCCUCAGUUCCCAAACGUUUAUUGAGUGUUGUUAAACGGAAAGGUGAUGUAACACAGUGGUAAACAUGCCCCUGUCCCAACUACUUUGGCACGUGUUGCAGCCAUUCAAUUCUGAGUUAAUUAUUAUUUGCCAAAAAAAAUAAAUAAAGUUUAUGAGUUUGAACAUUAAAUAUCUUGUCUUUAUAUAUUCAAUGGAAUAUAGGUUGAAAAGGAUUUGCAACUCAUUGUAUUCUGUUUUCAUUUACGUUUAUCACAAUUCCCAACUUCAAUGGAAUUGGGUUUUGUAGUUCUGGGGUAAGUUGAGCCAGUGACUCAACUGAGAAAGUAAAGGAGUCUGAUGAGAGGAUCAGAGUUUCAGUUCAGAUUGUUGAAAUGUGUUACUUUUUCUUUUGAAAAAUACAGCUGUGAAUGUUCUGAAUCACUUAAAGGCAUUCUCAAGUCUGUUAUUAAUAGAGAGAGAAGGUGAGGUAGGGCUGGGACGGAGGGUGGGGUAGUAGGGAUUUGGCUCAACUUACCCCGCUCCUAUACUCAAUUUACCCCAUACACGGGGUAAGUUGACCAUAGGAGACCACUUUGAUCUGAAAUAUGAAAAAUGGCUCAUCUUACCCCACUCUCCCCUACACAGUGUAGCAUAUGAAGUUACUUUUUGUGUUUUCCUAUCACACAGGAUUUGGACCAAAUUGCAAAUGAAGAAGCAAAUGAACUUUUUGAUGCUGUACUGACUGGCUCAGUCAGUCUGGAAAAGAAAGUCACCACUACUAAGGAGUCUCCACAGAAAGAGUCAACUGAAGCGGAGGAUCAGUUACAAAAAGUCACUACAGUGAAAGGAGGAGGCACGCCGAGGAGACUGGCUUUAUAUAUAGGAAAUUUCCCUUGGGUGAGUUACACUCGUCCUAUAGUUCUGUUAAUUUGUUGCUGGGGGCUUGCAAAGCCCUUUUUAAACUGACUAGGAUGAUAAGUUUGACUUCAGUUUAGCAUUAGAGUGCUUUUUCUCAAGCAUUUGCCUCAGUAGCAUCUUUAUUAUCCACCCAUCUCGGUGGCUAGAUGUAUGGCAUUGUACUCUCUCAGUUUUGAAUUUGAAAAAAGCACAUCAUACUCCAUACAAACUAUUACUUAUAUUUCUGUCUCAUAAAGACAACACAAUUAGGUUAUAAACAAGCCAAAAUUUGCUCUUUGUCAUCUCGUAACUAUGUGCUUAUCUAAAGGUUAGGAAGUACUGGUUUUAAAACACAGCAUAUCACACCAUUUUAUAGAACAGAAUGACCUGUUUGGGGUUGAUUUGCUUUUACACAUGCUGUACAUGAAUAGGGAGAGUUUUAAUUGCAUUAAAAAGGGCAAAAUGUAAGAUUUUAAACCCAUCCAGGACAUGUCCUGAUCAUUUAUUAACAGCUCAUGAGUUUUUAAAGGAGUCCCUGUAUAGUCUAUCACCACAGCUUGUUUCAGUGCUGGGGCAGUGAACUCAUCUUGGCUGGAAGUUAAAUAAGAUGGACAAUUCUAUAACACAUCUCAAACAUAUAUAGAUGUUGUUUCUGUGUUACCUCUCAAUUCCUCAAUUCUUUUGAAAUCCACUUUUUUCCCCCAGUGGACAUCUGAUAAAGACCUUGUAGGCAUGGCUCGAACGUUAGGAGUGAGAGACAUCACAGAGAUUAAAUUCGCUGAGAACAGGGUAAAUGGUCAGUCACGAGGGUAAGUAGUUUACAAAAAGUGGAUUUCUUUGACUUCAUAAAGAUUUGGCUGUCUCUAUCCUAGUCUUGCUAUCCAUUUAUUCGUGUCCUCUUGUGCUCUGCUUAGAUACGCAGAAGUGGUUGUUACCUCAGAGGAAUCAUUAAAGACAUUAUUAGAGAAAAUACCUCAAUGCAAACUUAACGGAGAACGGAUAGAUUGUCGCUUCGCCACCCGCCAGAACCUCAUGGUGUUUGAGGACACUGCAAAUAAACGUAAGACAUACACAAUCUUAAGGAAAUACUAUUUAUCUGCUCUGUAUCAGUAUGACUGUAAUCUCUCUAAACUUGUUCUUUUUAGGUAUACCCAUGCGUGCUGCCUCCAAAGAUCCUAAAGACUCUGAUUCCUCAGAUAAAAUCCCCUUGUUGUUAUCACAAGAGUCCAGUCCCCCGCCCAUUCCUCCUCUUUUCCCCCCGUUUGCAAACAGGUUUCACUCAUUUCCCGGCCCUUUCUUUGGUCAGCCACCUCAUACUUUCCCACAUUUUCCCCCAAACAUCCCUCCACCACUUCCACCCACUUUGUUCCCACCUCCAGCCCAUGUCCCAGUUCAACCGUCUCCAAGCCUGCAUAUAAACCCAGCUUUCUUCGCUCCAGGACAAGAUGGGCAUAGCAGCAAAGCUUACAGCCAACAAAAGUAAGAACUCUCAGUUUUUAUAUUUUUAAAGCCUGUGCCAACCCUCAAUGGUUUCGUUUUUUCUUUCAAUUAGAUGAUGAAACUUGAUUAUAAAGUCUCUGAAAAGAAUCUUAAAAGCAGCAAAUGGCCAUUAUAUUUUAGAGCAAGGAGACGCAAAAUACAUAUUCCAUUAAUAAGGUGCUCUGAAUCAGGAUAUAAAUAAAGAUUUUAACUCUUUCUUGUGAUCAAUAUUUCACAAAGGCUUUAUUUGGAUGUUUUUGUAAAAAAUUUGAGAUGAUAAAAUAAAGCUGUCUGUUUUUUUUUCAGCAGCACGCCUCCAAGUACACAAGAAGACUUUGAGGAGCUUAUGAACAGAAAUCGAGCUGUUGCCAGCAGCGCAAUCACAAAGGCAGUGUCUGGAGCAACAGCUGGUGAGUACAGAUGAUCAGAUUCUGUGGAGCAGGAGCAUGUUUGUCAAACUUAAUGAGCCAAAUAGAGAAGUCAGUGGUUUUCCCUGCAACUGACUCUUUCAUAUGAGAUGAAAAAGGACAAGAAAACCUUUCCCUUUUUUUUUUUUUUUUUUUUUGCUUAACAUUUUAUGUAAAGUUUUCUUUCAAAAUAGCUUUGAAUUAUUACAAAUGUGUGUUUAAAUUUCACUUUUUAAAUUGUUAGUAAUUCAUAACAGUUUUUAUUCAGACCUAUUACUCUUAAGAGCCCAUUUUAAUUCCACCUUUUAAGGUCUCUUGUUUCCAAUCUGGAAUAUUUCUCUGUAACAUCAAAUGUUCAUGGCUUAUUCAGCAACCAUCAAAAUGUGUUACUGUUGUGUAACAACAGCGAAUAUCACACAGUUUUGUUAUCAUAGGGGAUAUUUGUAAGACUCUUUUACUCAAAAUAAGAAGCUCAUGAGAAAGUUUAUUGAAAGGCAUUUCAAAGAUUUUAAGUGAAUACCGUAUUUUUCGCACUAUAAGGCGCACUUAAAAUCCUUUUGGCUUGUCGGAGCACUGCAGCUACCGUAGCCCCGCGGAGUUAUUGACUGUUUUGGUCGGCUUAAUGCACUUUAUAAUCCAGUUCGCCUUAUGUAUGAAAAUAGACGCAAAUAGACGUGUUCAUUGAUGGUGCGCUUUAUAAUCAGGUGCGCCUCAUAGUGCGAAAAAUACGGUAUGUCUUCACCAGUUUUUCCACACCUGUUUUUUUUUUUUUCCCCUUCCAAGCAGAUCCUCUCUGUCUCUUUCACACCAAAACAGGAAAAUUUGAUUUUCACUGAGAUGCAUGACCAACAUUUGACUCCUGCACCCAAGAACACACUGACAUUUGUCCAAAGUCCUUCCAGCGCUGUCUUGACUAUGUGCUUUGGGUCAUUGUAAUCCUAUAAUGUGAAUCCUCAACCCGGUCCAGCUGUCCUAUCUCUCUCUUUGUUUGUUUUUUGUUGUUGCCAGUAAAUGUGUUGUAGAGGUGUUCACCUGCACUAAUGCACAGGAGCUGGCAAUAAGCGCUUUUGUCAGAGCGCCAAGAGUCAGUUAAUUGGCUUUUUGGCAACCUCCAGGCAUAUGCAUUCAGAGUAUAAGUGCCUUCCAUAGAGCAGGUAUACAUCAGGGAUUUGAAGAAUGGACUUGUGCACGAAUGGUUUUUCAUGAACUGUGUAACCCUGUGUGCUCAUGGUAACAUCCAGAGCUGUUGUGAGUCUUCUAAAAACUGCUUUUCCUUAAUUUGUGUGAGGCCAAAAUAUGAAUCUUAAUGGUCAGCAGGUGGUUUUUGGGAUUUGAACUGGCUUGUAGCUCACUAGUUAUCGAGAAAUUUAAAUUACAUCCCAUGAAACUCAUUAGUUUCGUGUAACUGUUACACACACUGUUACGACCAGCUCGUGUAAGGGAGAAGGGAAGCAACAUAAAACCGACCAGAUGUUAAAUGAUCAAAUCAAGUUAUUUAUUAACAAAAGUAAAAUUGGCAGUAACAACAAAAAGAGAGGCAACAAAGGCCUUAAAGGAAACUUAACAGGUUGCCAAAAAACACAGGGAGACUCUAACCUAGAGUUAGUUACCAGUAAAAUAAAAAGAUCUGCUCACAUCGGCAAGAAACGAACUCAAAUACAAUACUCAGCCCUAAUGCUGGAUACAAAAAGGAAAGCAGGUAGGCGUGUGCAAACCAAAAUGCCUCACAAGCUACGAAAAAGUCCCAAUUCACAAUCACUAAGACAAUCUGUCUGAGGAAGAGGCAUGGGAGCUCCACUGGGUACAGCGUGCUCCCUGAUCUGCAGGUCCGCUGGAGUUUUAUCCACUCCCCCCAAGUGGCUCCUCUCAAUUGGCAGAAGCCCUCAGCCAGUCAGUGUUUGCAGUUUCCAGGUGGAGGUGAUCAGGCACUUAAUUGAUCCGCAGCCACGGCAACCUGUGAACUGCAGGCAGCAUGCACACACAGGCACUCUCACACACGCACACACACACACACACACACACACACACACACACACACACACAGAGGAAAACCCAAGACUCGCCACACUAAGGCGGCGGCCGUAACACACACAAAGACAAAUAUGAACAGAAAUGGGGGAUUUGGACAUGUGGGAUUAGACAAUUGCGAAAUUAAAGUAUCGUUAGUGUUGUAGGAGUUAAAACUGAUCACUAUUACACCAGAUUCUUGCAUUACUCACUGCUUGGCGCGUUCCUGUGAGGUUGGUAAUCAAAAAGUAAUGGCAAGGAAAAAACCUUUCAGGUGUUAAUUAUAAAAAUCAAAUUAUAAGAGUUUGUGAAAAAGAGCUGGAAUCCUAUGAAUCACAUCAAGAUGUUCUCAGUUGUUUGUUACUGGCGCUUUGUCCAAAUGGAUGCUAGUGCUUGAAACUUAGCUUAAAUCUUCAUUGUGACAGAAGAAGGGGAAUGUCAACCUUCUAAAGUUAUUUUAAUUGACUCUAAUUGAAGAAGUUUUAACAUUUUUUAACAUUUUUCUUUCUUGAAUGCUGAUGCAGGAGACUUACGGGUGGCCAUGGAGACGUUACUAACUGCAAUUGCCAUCAUAAAGCAGUCCAGAGUGUAUGGAGAUGAACGCUGCCAAGCCCUGGUCACCUCACUUAAAGACUGUCUGGUCUCCAUUCAGGGCAACUACGGCUACAGGUUUGUUCUGUAAUGGUCUGAGACCAACAUGAAGCAACUAGCUGCUCGAGAAUAACCAAAGCCAGGGAUGAAAACAGCCUUCAAUCGGUUAGUAGUAUAAAACAAAUACAUGUGUUUCUACAGGGGCAAUAGUCGAUCUGAGGAUGAAGACAGAGACUGGGACAGGGGUCGUGACAGAGAGCGAGAGCGUGACAGAGAACGCGACAGAGAACGUGACAGGGAUGAUCGUUCUGGUUGGGAAAGUUCGGGGACGCCUCGAAGACGCAGAGAACGUUCCUGGAGUGGAGAGAGGGACCAUGGACGGUCAAGGGAGAGAGAAAGGCACCGAGACCGAGACCGACACCGCUGAUUUGGUAGGUAUACCUUCAAGUGGGUAGUGCUGAUUUAAUUUUCAUGAUACAUGGAAUUAACAAGUAAGAUACUUAGACCUGAAGGCCUAACAGGGAUUUUAAUAAGUUCGUCUCAUUAACUUCAUCAUUACUUUGAAGGAUCCAUUUGAAUGUGAGGUAAUAAUACAAAUUAGGGCAAUAACUCAGCAAGCAUACAUGCACCAAUAACAAAGACCAAGAAGAUGAAGAAAGAUUUUCAUCCACUACAGAGGUUUACAGCAUUAAAGAGCUUUCUGAACAGUGAUAUGGUGCAAAAUGAAAUGACAGAGUACCAUUUAGUUCUGGUUCUGAUAAAACAAUGUACAUGCAGCCACUCACUUACUUUUAAGGGGGCAAAGUAAACAGUCAUGAUUGUACAUCUGUGAACAUAGAUUUGAAUAGUAUGUUUUUUUUCUUACAGACUGUUGGAAGGGCAAAGUGUGAAGCACAGCACAGUAUCUCCGCACCAAGCUGCUCAAGACUUUGGAGGAAUCUGGGGCGAUACUGAAGACGUAUGUCCAUAAGUGUACUUUUUUUUUGCUCACUAGUCAUCUGGAAACAAUUUGACUCUUACCUGCAUUCAGAAAAAUGUUGUAGAUUUGUUGCUUGGAUUUCAGAUUCCAAGGCUUGCAUGCACAUCAUCACCUCUUAUUAACUUAUGUAAUACAGUGUAAUGUUUUCAUUUUUUUGUAUUAAACUUACAAAUUAAAAACAUUCCCCUAAAA